AAGAGCUAUAUGAAAUUUGUAAUGCAAUAAAAGUGGAACUGAAACAAAGCACCUGAUAUAUUAUGGCCCAGUGCGCACGAUGCCUAUAAAAGCUUCUGCAAAAGCCGCAAGCUUCCAGUCAGCUGUCCAAACGUGCCGUGGUAGCUCCGAGAACUCGUGCAUUUGUUAACAGUAACUUAUUCAUUAAUAAAUUAUUCUGUGAACAUGACUACUUACGCUACUUACCGACAUAUUGAGCUCGAUAAAGUUGGCUACGGAAAAAAGCGAGUUCGUAAUCCACCAAGUGACAUCUUCACCGUUCUCAGUUCUCCGGAAUCAUCACCACAGAGCAAUGGCACAAGUACUCCCCGCCGAAGUCAAAGCCAUAACGACUCGUUUUCUCGCCUCUUUGGAAGCUCUGGCUCUAACACACCUCGCAAAUUAUCUUUAAAUAAACACGAUGUAACAGUGCGUAAUCCUGUUACGGGAAAUGGUGUUACUUCAUGGGACCAACAUCGUUCGUCACUUUCUCCAAAAAUAAAGACCGAGAGGAACCCAGUCACGGGAGAAGUUUAUACAAUCGUAAGCCCGGCAACGACUCCAACAAAACUCAUCCAAAAUGGAUUUGGUCAUCAAAACGGUUUUGCGUCCCCUCUUAAAAAUCGCCACGAAGGAAUAGCUAACGAACUCAAAGCUCCCGCCGAUAAGCCAUUAACCAAUGGUCAAGCCUAAACUUACUUCCAUUUCCGACUGUCUACUAAUGUUCCAGUACCGUUUUUAAUUAUUUCUUGCUUUUCUAGAAAUUGUAAGGUUCGCACUUUUUUUUAAGAAGAACGUCGAUAUCACGUGUUGUUUGUAUGACUACCGUAGAUCUUAAGGUGUCCGUUUAGUAUUUUGUUGAUUACCUUUCGAAAGUAGAUUAUUUCAAAUUUGUGCCCUUUAUACCUAAAGCCUUAUAUCAUAGAACUAAAUUUAUUGAACGUUUAUUGUUAUAGAAACGUGUAGUUGUAGAUGAUGAAAGUAUUAUGUAUUUAUCACUUGUAAUGAACUUAGCAAUAAAUUUUUAUACUUAGUCUCUUAA